AUGCAGGCCCCUAGGGUGUCUGCAGCCGGCGGCUUCGGCCGUCGCGCUGAACGUCCUUCUUUUUCAACAGACGAGGAAGACAAAGGAGGCGCCCGCCUUCGAACUCGGGCGGGCGCCGCGCACAGAGCGUCUGCGACGGAGGGCGACGUCUGGGCGGACGCAGCCAGAGGAGGGCGCUUGACAGACGCCGCGGUUCCAGCGGCUUCGCGCCCGCACGCCUCUCGAGCUCGCCCCGAGGACGAGGUCUCCUCGUUUCUGGCCUCCCGCACCGCCAUCGAGUCAAACUCCAUGGGGCUGCGGGGGACAGCCCUAGUGUAUGGGCGAGACGGCGGCGCGAGGCGACCGACGGGCGCCUCGUCAGAUGGAGGCACUGACGACGACGAGUCAAGCGCUCAGAACCCCUGCUUUCUGCGCGGUCGACAGAGAGAAAGGCGCGAAGUGGAGGCAGAGAGGCAUGCUCUUGGUCGGCAUCAGGCUGGCGCCGCGUGGCGGAAACGUGAGGGCUGGGCAGAGGCCGCCAGAAGAGGCCGCUACGCGGCGGAAGAGAAGGAAGACCGGGACUCAUCUGAGUACGACGAAGGCGACGAGAAGCGAGAAGGCUCAAGAGGCAGCUAUCCUCGCCCCUUGGGUCUCCCGCCCUUCUCUAGCCGAGGGACCCGCGCCGGAUCUCCGCGCUCCCCGGAGGGCCUGGCGCCGCCCUCGCUCGUGGAGCCGACUGUGCGGACGCUGCAAGAGAGCAGCGCACGCGAGGUGGCGGCUGCGGUCGUGGAGCCGCGCCUGAACUGGAGAAAGUCUCUCCAAGCCUUCCAGUCAUCUCUGCGCAUGCCGGCGAGCGACGAGGAAGAGGCCGUCGGGUACGAGUCCGACGAGGAAGGGGACGACGAAGACGCAAAGGAGACCAGCCAGUCGAGAGGGCUCUCGGCGACGGCUAGCCGCGCUGGAGCCGCGCACGUCGGGGAGCGCGGCAGGGCUGCGGUCGACCGGCAUUCGUACGCCAGCCAAGAGGAAGACGAGGAAGAGGCGGAGAUGGAGCAAGACGAGUAUGAGGAGGAAGGGAGCUGCUUCGCCCGUCGAGUGGCUGCGGCCUCAGGGCGCGGCGCAGGGCGCAUGCACGCGUUUCUGUCCGGCCGCGGAGGAGAAAAAAUUCUGCGAAGGACUCUGAGCCUGCGUCGCGGCGACGAGGCCGCGGCUCCUAGCCAGUGGGAAUAUGACGACGAGGAGACAGAAACGUACAGAUGCCGGGACUCUGUGCGGCAGCGCGGCCUCGACCCCGAAUCUCUUCGUUCAGGCCGAAGGCGCAUGGACCCUCACGACGACGAUGGAGAGGAAGACGAGGAGGAGCUCGUCGAGCUGCAAGCGUACGUUAACAACAAGCUCGCGGGGUUCGACAGGACUCGGGCUGUCUUCAAGGGGUCUCGCAGAGCAGGGGGAGAGGGGGAAAAAGGCCAGGGCUUCAGUCCCUCGCGGCCCAGGACUUUGCUCGCCUCCUUCACGCGAGGCAUGGACACUGUGAACGGGCGGCCCAGCCCGCGGUCGCCUCGCUUCGGCUCUGCGGACGACGGAGACGAUGACAGGGCUCCUUCUCCCUCCUUUGGAGUGAACUCGCCCUCGUCGCACUCGUGGGUGCACGCGCAGGAAACACUGGAAAAGCCUUGCGACCAGGGAGCGACCCUUCUCAACGCUGCGCGACUCCGUCUGGCCUCUCAGGGGAACGCUGAGACAGCAUCGCCCCGGACUCCACGCGCCGACAAGAUUCAGCUUCGUAGUCCCUUUCCGUCUUCUCUGCAAUCGUCUUUUGUCUCAUCUCAAGCUAACACCCAACUAAAGGGCAGAGACGAUGCGGGCUCCUCUAUGGCCGCUCGAGUGCAGCAAGCGCUCAAGAAGCCAGUGGAGCCAGAAGACGAACCCCUCGCAUUCAUGCCUGUAGAAGAACAAGAAGCGAAGCUGAAGGCGCUGCAAGAGCGGUAUAUGGCGAAGUACGCGGAGCUGCGGCGGACGCCUGUCCGUGCCAGCAUGGAUACUGAAGACGAAGAAGAGCAAACAGCAGGGCAGAGUGAUUGGGGCGUUGACGAGACCCAGGGCGAUGAAGAAGCUUAUGAAGAAGAGGCUGAGCAGGUCGCAGAGGUAGAGAGUGAGGGAGAAGAUGAAGGCCAGUCGGGCGAGAAGGAAGACAACGGCAUCAUUUGGGAAAACGAGCAAGAGGCGGAAGACGCUGAAGAUGUGACUGCGAACGACGAGCAUGACGAAGAAGAACUUGAGCAGUCCAAGGAUCAGGUUGCCGAGGAAGCAGUCGAGUACGCUGCAGAAAACGAAGAAAACGCCGGAGACGAAGUCGGUGAAGACUGCCACGAAGAAGAUACUGCCGUGGCUUCUGAGGAGCCUGCGGAGGAGGCGGUCGACGAAUCGGGUGAGGCGCAGAAGGAAGCUCCAGAGGGGUCCCCGUCUCCAGGUGGAGACAAACAGGCCACACAGGAGAAAACAAACCUCAAGACGCAAGUCGCCGAAGUUCUUCAGGAUGUGCUUCUCUCCGUUUUGCAGUCCACGGCCGUCGCGCCGCCGCCAGCUGCGCCCCUGCCUGUGUCCGCCCCUGCGGCGACCUCUGAGGCGCCGGCAGGAAGCGCGGUUCCGACCGCGGCCGCGGCGCGGGGGCUUCUCGCAGCCCUUCUCAACCGAACCGAGGCCCUCGUUUCCUCGCCCGAGUCCAGAGACCCUCUUCAUCUGACAGAAGCUUCUCCGCGGGCUGUGGAAGGCGCGCCGCUCUUCGAGAAUCUCAAGAACUCAGAUUUCGCCUCAGCAGACCCGAAUCUCUGGGCGGCCGCCACCGCCGCAGUGAUCGCGGGAGACGGCAGGCGGUCCGCCGAUGUGUGCGACGGGGUCAUUCGCUCGGUUGCCCCUUCGCCACGGGAGCGCCCAGGCGAAGGCCCUCCGGCGGUCGCGGCUGCUGCGUCUGACUGGUCGAUGUGGUUUCUGCGCGGACGCGGCCCUGAGUUGGAGGAGAGGAGGGUAGCGGCGCCCACGCCUUUGUCAAGUCUGCCAAAGGCUGAUCUCUUCGAAGACGAGGCUGGCGCUUUUUCGGCCGCUGAGCGCUGUGCGCCGGUGUCUUCCUUGGUGGGGGGAUGCACGGUGUCUGCAGGCGACGCGUCGCCGCGGCGGUCAGGCGGCCCUUCCGCAGGGCUCGUUGGGCUCGCUGACAUCCAGAAGCUUCUCCAGGGACGAGACGCGAGGAGGAACUCGUCUGUGACAGACGGCGGCCUUCCGCACACGCUAUCGCACGGGGAAGGCUCUGUCGUGUCUUGCUCGCGAUCCUCUUCCUUCUCCUCGACCUUCACUCAAGGACUCCGCCCUAUCGAGAACUCGCCUUUUCUACGAACUGUCUCUGAUGUAGGACCCUCCACGGCGCUCGGCGCGCAGACGUCAAGCAUCUCUGAAGCCAGGCGCGACGAAGACCGAGGCGUGGAGGCGCCCUCUGCGGCGGCUGUCGGUUUUGCGGCGGCACCCUCUCGCAGGUUUUCAGCUGACGUCUCCACACAGCGGGGCCUUGGCGAGAUGCGCAGGCAGUUGAGGGCGCGUCUGGGGGGUAGCGACAAUGAUCCAAUCUGCGACCCGCUUUCUCAGUUUUCGUUCGCCCCUGGAGACUUGUUCGAGAGGCAGUGCACGUCGCGCCACGCCACGCCGCGAGCAAGUCUGUCUCAUCGUCUGCUGCCUACUCAGCCUCCCCACGGGGUCAGGUCGAGCUCGGUGUGCGCGGCAGCUCGGCGCCAGUCGCAGAGUUUCCUCCCGGGCGAGGGGGCCGAGGCGCGUCCUGUGCCGCCUCUGAUGGCUGCACUGAAGCAGCGCUUGGCUCUCUCUCAGCAGCAGACUGCGGCCGAGAAGGUCUUGCUGCGAGAAGCAGGCGUGCCGAGCGCCAGUCUCCUCGAGCUCCUCGCCGAGUCGGCGCGGCAGGACUUCGGCGCGCCCCUGCCUGGGCGCAGCGACAGUUUAGGCUCGAUGAAGGAGCGGAGGAAUGCGAAUAAGGCCGAGGCGAAGACAGAGAAAGGCGAGCAGAAGGCUUCUCAGCUGGCACCGGAUAGCCGCUCUGUGACAGUGUGCACCACAACGGCUGGGGGCGUCUCCCCUCGAGAGCCAGAGAGGACAUGCAGCUCCGAUGAGUUUGCAGACGAGGAGGACGACGAGGCAAGCUCUGUUUCGCAGUCCGCCGCAGUGUCGAGCAGCGACGGGCGGGAAGAUGCGCGCAGCAAAAAGAAGGAAUCCAGAAGCAGCCUGGAGGCGAAGCAGGAGAAAUUGGAGCGCAGGGUGAAAAAGGAAAAGUCCUCUGAGGGGCGAGAAGAAAGGAAGGAAAAACGCAAGGCGAAGACGACUGUAGAGGAUGAGGAGGAAGAAGAAGAGGCGAGCUGCAGACGAAGCUCAGUGAUGUCUUCCCGCGAGAGCCGAAGCAGUCGCCGCCACAGCAGAAAAUCCAAGAGAGACAGCAGAGACACAGAAAUCAACCCUAAUAUCUGCUCGCAGGAGGUCAACGCAGUCGUCGAGACCCGCGACAUCGGAAUCAGUGCUACCAGCACAGAAGACGAAGACGGAUGCAAGAACGAAGCCAAGAAGCACCUCGACGACACACACAGACAUCUUCGGGGUCUCGAAAAGCGAAAGGGGGAGCAAGAGCGUUUGCUGUUGGCGACGCAGAAGCAUGUCCAGGAGGUGCACAAAGAGCUCGAGCGCCUCGCUCAAGAGAACACGGCGCUCAAGGAAACGAAGGAGGAGCAGGAGAAGAAGAUGCAACAGAUUCUGAAGACGGCCUCUCGCACGAAGCUCCAGUUGCUCGCACUGAAGGCCCAGCAGCCUGCGUGGGAGAGACUGAAGAAGAGCGAAGAGCAGCACCGUGAGCUCACGACGCUGGAGAACGAACUAGAGAGCUUGAAGAAAGCUGUUCAAGAGAAAAACUCGCGGGAGAGUGGCGUCGUCCUCGGCCUCCAGGAGCGGCUAGACGCCACGCAGCAGCGGCUGGCCGCCACGCAGCAGCUCUUGAAGGAGCGGACCGAGGCCUUCGGUCGACUCUCUUCAGAGCGCGAAAAAGAGAGACAGAUCCAAGAGAUCUGCGCCAUGAAAGCUGAGGACUGGUGCGGUCGCCACGAAGUCCAGACCGAGACUCUACGGCGCCUGACAGCCCGCCUGGGGGGUUCUGAGCAGGUUAAGGCUCAGAUGGAGAAGAAGCUGGCGGAAAUGCUCAAGCUGAUGGAGCGGAUGAAGGAGGCCCUCAAGACGUCGAGAAGGGAGGCCGCGGAGCAUCAAAAGGCGCGCGAGAGCGCCGAGAAGGAGCUCGUCUGGAAAGUGGCAAAUUAUGUCUCGUGUGGAACGCAGACGGAGAGCGCGCCAUGCAGGGCUUCUGGCGUCCAAGCGGAGUUGGCGCCCCCCAAGAAGCCCACGGCAAGCACCGCGGUGCAGAUAGGUCACCCGCGCGAGGGGAAUCUGCUCGAGUUCCAAAUUUCCGCGCGGGAGCAGAAGCUGGCGGGUGCGCUGGGCAAGCAGAAGCAGCUGACGACGCAGGUGCGGAUUGAAUACAAGAAGCGGGCGGCCGCGUGGGCGGAGGAGCGAGCCGAUCUGCAGGCCUUCGUCCUCUCGCUUCAGGGACGCAUCGCAGAACUCGAGAAAAUCCAGCGCAUGGCGCUCGGAUCGAAUGCAGCCGGCGUGCUCAACCCCGUAGGGCCGCCGCUCCCCCCUCUGGCCGCCUUGAGUCCGUACCCUCAUAUGGGUGCUGCAGGCCCCGCCGGAGCGGUCCUCGCGGUGUCGCCCUUCCCGCUGCCGUCCGUCUCUCACGGCAAGCUACGGAACGAAACGAAAGAGCGAGACAGCCAAGAAGCAACGGGCAAAGAGAGUUUCUUCUCCGCUGCCGCCCCAGACGCGCCCGAAUUCGCCGACAAGGAUGAACAGGAGCUUCUCGACUUCGUUUCUGACCUGAUCCAAGCGGAGGAGCCCGCGGAGUCGGUGCCUGUCGGGAGGACGGAACGCGGAAGGACUCUCGGGGCGCAAGGCGGAGAGGAUGAGGGCUCUGUGGAGGCAGACAUGCGAGCGAUCUGCGAGGCCGCCAACCAGAGACUAGACGACAAAAGACGCCUGUUGGAGGACCACCUGAAUGAACAGCUGCGCGUUCUGGGAGUGGAAGAGGGCGGGCACGAUGCAAAGGAGGAUGAGGAGCGAAGGACAGACAGCACGAAGAAGCUCGAUGCACCGGGAGGAGUCGCGUGGUCAGUUGACAGCGACGGAGAGGCAGGCGACGCACAUGGCGCUUCCACCGUCUCUCCGAGGAAACGGAUCACCCGCCCUGCAGGCCUCGCCGCAGAGACGUCUUCAGCGACUUCCGCGCUCCGCGGUUCAGCGGCGGGCAGCGUGGAUUCGCUCCUCGACAGCUCGCUGGAUGUCCUUCAGGACUCAGACUUGUCUGCGGAGUGCGAGACAGCUAACGGCGGUUUCACGGCGGCGAAGGAGCUCGACCCGCUCUUUGCCCAGUCGUCUUCGGCCUCGGGAUCUGGCCUCGUUCCUCGCUUUUCUCUGGCUAGAAGCAGUAGUUCAUACGACAAAUUAUCGCGGCUUCUAGAGGAGCCCCGUCGGGAGAAACGGUCGGCAUCUGCAGCGCGAGAGAAAGUCCAGGAGCUACGAAGGCAACUGAGAGAGCAAGGCGUGCUUUCUUGA